AUGCUGGGCAGAGUGCUGAGCAAACGGCUGGCAUGCGAUAUUGCAUGUGAAGGGGCUUUCAAAAGGUGGUAUGAACUUGAAAUGCAUGAGAAACAACGCUUCGUGAACGGCUUUGUCGCAUUAUAUCGUGAACAGUACCCCGUAUCCCGCUCCAAUGGGUCUUUACAAGGACUAUCAGCCAAGAUGAAUGACCAUCAUCGGGAUUCCCCAUCGGUUUUCGGAAUCUUCUACAACGACAUAUGGGGCCGUCGAUGCAGACGGUUCCAGGAUCCAAGUUUCCAGUCAUUAUUGAUACCUCGCUAA